UUUACUAUUUCUGGUUCUGUGCUAUGCAUACUUUGUCGUUGCUGUACCAGUAAGAAUGUCGGAUGAAGAUGACAAAAUUGUGUGCUAUAUCUGUGAUAAAAUCGAGGAAAAUCCAGAACGAAUAAUCGAAUGUGUUCAGUGUGCCAAAUCAGUUCAUUUCCGAUGCAAAAAGCUACGAGGCAACGCCGUGCUAAAGGCUAAGAAACGGCCAUUCUAUUGCUCUGUUGAUUGUGCCGAUAUGUUCGCGCGCGGUAAUCAAAGCUCAGAUGACUCUAAUCACCUUAUCUCCGAGAUAAAAUUGCUCGCGCAAGCUGUUAGGGAGUCGAAGCAAGAAUCCGCACACUUGAGAUUUGCAUUUGAGCAGUCUUGCCAAAAAAUUGAUACAUUGGUGAAAACCACUUUGGCAAUCGAGCAAUCUCAAGACUUCAUGUCAAAGCAAUUUGACGUGUUGCAGAAGGACUUUGAUGGAUUCAAGCAACAGUUAGGUGGUUUGCAGUUGGAGAAUGAAAAGUUCCGGAUAGAGAUUACAGAUUGGAAGUACAAACAAGGUGCUGUUACAUCAAGGCUGGAUCAUCUGGAAAUGGAGGUUGAUAAGAUGAACCGUGGAAAGCUAUCGAACAACGCAGUCAUACUGGGUAUCCCCACACCCGAAAAUGAAAAUCUUAAGACGUUAGUUAUCGGAGUAGGAAAAGCAGUUGGCUGUAUUAUAAAUGAAGAUUCUGUCAUCAGUGCUCGUCGCCUUGUUGGGAAAAAUCGGAAUGCUCAAGGCGCGCCGAUUCUAGUCACUUUCAGCUCACCGUCUAUCAAGGAGAAGCUUUUCGAAAUGAAGCGCUCACAUGGGCCUCUGCAAGCAGCAGAAAUAUGCAGAUCUUUCAACGGUGCGUCGACUCGGUUGGUGAUUCGUGAUGAAUUAACGGAAUUUGGGAGAGAAUUGUAUCGAGAGACGAAAGAACUCCAGUUGUCAAUGUGAUUCAAGUAUGUGUGGCCGGCUGGAAAUGGAAAAAUACUUGUGAAGCGGCAGGACGGUGCAAAAAUUGAAGAAAUCGGAUGUCUACAGCAGAUUGAGGACAUGAAGAAACAAUCAUCGAAACGUGCAUUGAUCUCCUCCUAUGCAAUGUCAGCAUCCUCAUCCCCUGGACUCGAACCGGCAUCGAAACGUGUUCAGACUUGAAUAUGCCCUAAUCUGUCUCUAUUUGAUAUAAAUAUACAUAGUGCUAGACAGUAAUGAACAAAAAAAAUAUUUUCACUACACAAUUGAUGAAUUAAAUAAAAAUGUCAACUUGAAUUGUAAAGAUAAGCAACUACGGA